AAAUUUGAUGCAUUCCUCUUCGCAGAAUUAAACGGUAAUGGCUGUUUUCAAAUACCUGCGUAAAUGUAUUGUCUAUGACUAAUCAUUCAUCGUAGCAACUCAUAUGUUUUCCUACGUUAUCGCUUUCCGGUCUUAAGCGAAUUAUGAAACCAGAAAUUUUUAUCUCAUCAUUCGUUUUUUCAUAUUUUUUAAAACAACGUGGUGGAAUUCGGUUGUCAAUGUUUGUUAUAGCGGUACUUAAGUUUUACUUUAUGUUGUGCUAAAGUUAAAAUGAAUUUCAAGUGCAAGAAUGGCUCAAGGAGGUGGAUAUUGUUGCGGUUGUAUCAUUGAAGUAUUGUUUUGUAUUAUUUUGUGUAUUAAUUCGACAGCGGCUGUAUUUUUCAUAUAUUUAAUAUUUUUUAACCAAGAUUUACAUUUGAAUCUCUCUGAAACGAUCAACAUUGCUGCUGCAAUAUGGAGCUUUAUUGGAAUAACCAUUUCUAUUUUAGGACUUUAUGGACUUUGGAUGAAAAAAUUUGGCCUUUUAAAUGUAGGCACUUUCUAUUUUUACUUGAACGGCAUUCAAAUGGGAUUUUGCUCAGUGAUAUUGAUUCUAAUGAAAAAAGACUAUUUCUGGCUAACAAUUGCUUCGUACAACGAAUCGCUCAUUAUUAAGAUUUUGUUGAAACUCCUCGAUGCGGAUAAACGUCCAAUUAUAAUCAUCAGUCAUUUAAUCGCCACAGUUGCUUCGUUUUAUUUUGCGCUGAUUACAAAAAGUCGUCAAGAAAAUUUACGAAAUUCAAAUGCGCCUGCGAAAAGAGACCGUGAUGUUGUUGAAAUGGAUCAAGUUGAUCAAGUUCAGGAUUCAUGGUCUUGUUACAAAUACCUAAACUAUUUCAUCAUUCAGAUCUCAUUCUGCGUACUUUUGGGAUUAUUUUGGGUAUCAGUGAUAUUCCUCGCGUAUAUAGCAGUUCAUCCUCAAGAUUUUGUUUCCAUUAAACCUCUCAAACCAAACCGAUAUCCAUUCUCAUUUGAAUCUGGCAAAUUAGAAGAAUGUAGCGAACAGUACGAAUAUUUUGCAGAUUUCCAGAGUGAUAAGCCAUUUCAAAAUAUCUGGAUUACUUUCACAUGGAGCAUCGUCGGAUUACUCGUUUCUGUUUCAACUUUAUAUGGGAUCUUUAUGAAAAUACCAUAUUUUUUAGACCCCGGUGCGAUUUACCUUUUCAUCUAUGGAAUACAUAAAGUCUUUGCUAUGGUGAUAUUGCUGGGAAGGAAAUGCCACGAAGUAUUCCUGCUAAAAUUCGUCAUCCUCACAGAACCAUCAGUGGCGUUGUUGAGUAUCUUAGAUAUGGCCGUUUCAAUGAAAAUAGUUCAUCUAAUUCUAAUGGUGAUAUCAUUUUGUUUGCUGAUAUUUUUGACAAGUUUUCGAAACCACGUAGCAAAGAAAAGCUUUAAAAAGGAAUCUAUGGAAGCUUAUCGUUUAGAUGAACUGGGUCUUCAUGCUGCACCUUAUUAACAAAUAAAUGAUCUGACCAUGACCCUGGAAAAUAUUCUGAUUUCGAUUAAGUUGAAUCAAAUCGUUUUCAGAAAUAUUCUCUCAAAUUCGAGUUGAAAGUUCUCAGGAGGUAUUAGAAAUUUUAAAAUAAUUUUUUGACGAAAGUUAUUUUUUUAUUCGUAACAAAAUAUAAUUUAGAAACGAACACUGUUGAACAAUUCGAAUUUGUGUUUUGUUAAUUUGUUUUAAAGCAAUAAAUUAUGUUUUCUUUUUUUUAUAACAA